CCGAGAACUAAGACGUAUGGCUGGCAGUGCCCAAAAUGUGGAGGGAGAAGCUGUAGUAGUAUGAGAGGGCAGAGGGUUCCCUGUGUGUGGGAGGGAGCUGUCACACAGAUGGGUCCAGCUUGUGUUUCUACAUGUAUUUCGGUGGGAGUGGAGGGGCACUGCAUGUACGGUCCUGUGCCUGCUCCUAUGAGGGGGUGGCAUUAAACCCUAAACAUACAAGCUUCCCCCUUUGUAAUUUGACUCUACGAAUAAGGUUCAGCGAAACCAGGUAAUCAGUAACCAGACUGGAUCAUCCGAUGAGACAGGAGGUGGUGUGAUUCUGCUUCUCCACACCCAAAACCAGGCUGCGAGCUGCAAACUUACAUCGAUUGUUCCUGUUCAGGGUGGCACCAUGAUCCGAAGUGUCGCCGUUCUGCUUUGGACUGGCUGUUUGCUGCUCGGUCCGGUCCGGACUGUGGCGGACGAAAGCGAUUACGGAGAAGAAAUGGUUCUCACGCUCGCCCUGGAGGAAGAUGCCCACGUUGAAACAGAGAAGAAAACAACUCCUGGGGUUUUCCUAUGGAGCAAUAAGGAAGCCUGGAGACUGUCCGGCCAGUAUGUGGUGGUCUUAAAAGAAAAUGCCCACAAAUCCCAGACAGAGAGAGUGAUCCGUAGGCUGCAGACCAGGGCGGCGAAGCAUGGCUACUUGACGACAAUUGUCUAUAUUUUCCACGAGCUAUUUCAAGGGUUUGUGGUAAGAAUGAGCAGUGAUCUACUGGAGAUGGCCCUGAAGCUCCCACAUGUAAAUUACAUUGAAGAGGAUUCCUAUGUAUUUGGCCAGAGUGUGCCAUGGAACCUUGACAGAAUUGUUCCUGCUCCACAUGUCGCCAACCACUUCAACCCACCAAAUACAGGGGAGUCAGUGGAAGUAUAUCUUUUAGACACCAGCAUACAGAGCAACCAUAGAGAAAUUGAAGGAAAGGUUCUUGUUACAGAAUUCGAGAAUGUACCCGAUGAAGAUGGGACCAGAUUCUAUCGGCAGGCCAGUAAAUGUGAGAGCCAUGGGACCCACUUGGCUGGUGUGUUGAAUGGAAGAGAUGCUGGCGUUGCUAAAGGUGUAAAUCUGCGCAGCUUACGAGUAUUGAACUGUCAGGGUAAAGGGACAGUGAGUGGAAGUCUAUUGGGUCUGGAGUAUAUCAAGAAAACACUGACUGAGCAGCCAUACAGCCCCCUGAUUAUUCUUAUUCCCUUUGUCGGAGGGUUCAGUCAAACGCUUAAUAUGGCCAGUCGUACGCUUAUUAAAUCUGGGGUAAUAAUUAUUGCCGCUGCUGGGAAUUACAAGGAUGAUGCUUGUCUGUAUUCACCAGCCUCAGAACCAGAGGUUAUUACAGUUGGAGCCACCAAUUAUGAAGACCAACCAGUGACAAUGGGGGCACUUGGCACUAACUUUGGCAAUUGUGUUGAUAUGUUUGCCCCCGGAGAUGAUAUCAUUGGUGCAUCCAGUGACUGCAGUACUUGCUUUACAUCUAAGAGCGGAACAUCUCAAGCAGCCGCCCAUGUGGCAGGUAUUGCAGCAAUGAUACUCAAUGGCAAGCCAGACCUAACAUUGACAGAACUGAGGCAGAGGCUUAUUCACUUUUCUACCAAGAACGCCAUCAAUGAAGCCUGGUUUCCUGACGAUCAGCGGCUGAUCACUCCUAACAGAGUGGCUGGAUUACCUGUAAAACUCAAUAAUGAUGAGCAGCUUUUAUGUCGAACAGUUUGGUCAAAACCCUCAGGCUUUGCUCGUACAGCAAAAACAUCAGUGCAGUGCACCGGAAAUGAGGAAAUGUUCAGCUGCUCCAGUUUUUCUAGAAAUGGUAAAAGAAAAGGGGAACAGGUGGAGGAUAAAGAUGGAAAGAAAAUCUGCACUGCACACAAUGCCUUUGGUGGAGAUGGAGUGUAUGCAAUUGCUAGAUGUUGUGUUUGGCCAAAAGCAAGCUGCAGUGUUAAUGCAAGUAUCUCCGACGAUGCAAGCACAGUGUCCGUUGCCAGCUGCUCACAGGAUGACCAUGUUCUGACAGGUUGUAGCUCCCAUUCCUUAAGUGGCCAUUUCAGUGAUCAUGUGAGGCCGGUACACAGCUCCGGGGACAGAGAUCCUGUAUGCAUCGGGAAAAGUGAGGUCACUUCUCAUGCCUUGUGCUGUCAUACUCCAAGCAUUUCCUGCAAAGUUAAGGAACACUCUCCUGUAGGCUUCACGGAUAAGGUGACAGUGUCAUGUGAUGAUGGCUGGACCCUGACUGGUUGUAAUGCGUAUUCCCGUGGAUCUAACACUCUGGGGGCUUAUUCGAUUGAUAACACUUGUGUUGUAUUAAAUCCAAAAGGUGGUAAAGGGGCUGCGGCCAUCGCCAUUUGUUGCAAGAAUGGGAAUACAGAUGACAGUCAAAAUUCUAAUUAUAGGUGAAAGCGCGUCAUGUCUAGCAUGUAGACAGAAUUUUGUAUACAACAUCUUGUGUAUUUUUUUUUAUACUAACACUAUUUCAUAUUAUCAGAGUCCACUUUAUUUCAAUGAUCCCUCUAACUGGAGUGAAACUACAACCCUAAGCUGCCCUAGAAUGCCAGGAAUUGUAGUCUUCCAACAGUUAGAAAGUCACAGUGUGGGCUUAUAUUAUGAUUAUUUUUUAUUAAACAUUAAUGUAGGUAGUGACCAUUUCUUUUAAUGUUUGCAAACUUUGCCCAUAGGGGUGAGAUAUCAUAAGUAAUUGUAAAAGAGUGGCAUCAGCCACAGCAUCACUUAGUCUUCAUUAUUUUAGAUGUUUCACGAUGCACACAACAGUACAGAAUCUAUUAUAUGCACAAUUUUGCAGGCAAAUGGCAAUUUUUGUAAUAGUGUGAAUGUUUCCUCUUAAAUUUAUCAAUCUCCUAAUUUGUAAAGACCCAUCUAAUCUGCAGGACACUUCUUGCCAAACUCAUGAUCCCGGCUGCUUUAGCACAGGGUGAAGGAUGGCACUUCUGUAACUUCUAUGUACUUGAUGCAGAGAAAGCAAGAUAACUUACUCCACAUGCAAUCUGCUUUAAUUGUCUACAGAAGCGUGUCUAUCGUGAAAUCUUUUAACAUCUUUAUUAUAAUUCCGUUUUCUACGUUCUAUAUUUAUUUGCAGUACAUUUGUACAAUAUUACCAUUUCCAAUAAAAAAAUAAAUGCAAACUGUGUGGAUAUAGUGCAAAGUAUAUACGGCCAUGGACCAGUUGUGGAUACUAAAACUUGUCAAGUACAAUAUUACUUAAAGUGGUACUCCAGCAUUUGCAUUUGGGGUCAGCAUUCUCCUUCCAUGCUGUGAGAGCACCAGAGAUACACAAGUACAGCGCUCACCCCUGCACACCAUGCAAGCAUUCUCUAUAGGAGUGCUGGAGAUAUACUAGCGCUGUAUUAAUGUUUUUCCUGCGCUCCCAUA